UGGAGGGGAAGCCGGAGUCCUGUGUGUAUGCACGCUGUCUGAGAAACAGCCUCGAUUUUAUAUUUAAAAAUGAAUGCGUCUUCUAUAAAAGACAUUCACAUAUUCAGAAGAAUUCGACUUAAAUAAUAUUGGAUAUUGCCUCGCGUUUGCUCAAGUUUAAUGUUAUAUUACCUUUGGCGUUAUAUUUUUAUCUCGAUUUUUCUUAAUCGAAAAGUCCAUUUCGGUUUUUACGUGAAGCUCCAAAAAUCUAUGAAAUGUGUUUGCAUGUUCUUCCCCGCGAGCAGGGAUGUAGAGGUGGGAUAGCAAGAAUCGAAAGGUUGGAGCCCACACGCUUGCCUCCGAGAAACAGGCACGCCGACGGACCGCUUGGACGGUGGGAUCACUCCCCUCCGCUCGGAUCUGCUUUGCUUACAGUCGGUCUGAGUAAUGAUGUGGACGGAGGCGGACCUCUAGAGUGCGUUCCUGGGCUCCGGGGGCUUCCAUUGGCUGACCCAUCAGCGGGGGAGUGGUCACUCUCACCUGGGCUUUGAGCAGACGGUUUCGCCAUCGGCAGGCCCCCCCCCCGCCCCCUGCACGUGCUGGACCAUGUCUAGCGGGCGUCCCGAGGGAAGCCACAGCGCAGAGGCCCCGGACAAGAGCAGCUGCGGCGAGGACGCCACCCCCCCUGCCCCGGAGCGGCGGAGUCGGAGCGGCAUCAUCAGCGAACCGCUCAGCAAGAGCCUGAAACGGUCGCGCACGCUCUCCCAGAACACCGCCAGCUGCUCAGCCGCCAACGGACUCGCCCACAACGGCACCGCCGACGCCAAGGGCAAUGCUACCUCCACGCAGCAGCGGGCCGCCAAGGCAGAGCGGGCCUCUGAGCCGGCCCCCGAGGGACACAACGGGUUGCAUUUUGCCCAGGCUGCCGAACUGCUGAAGCGGGCCGGCAUGCUCCUGCCUGGGGAGCAGGGUGGCGGCGCGGGCGACCCAGACGGCGUGUCGGCAGCAGAUGCAGUAGGCCCUGCCGACUUCCCCCUAUCGGUGGCUUUCCCCUUCAACCCUGGCCUCUUCAUCAUGACACCUGCCGGAGUCUUCCUCGCCGACAGCGCGCUGCACAUGGCCGGCCUGGCGGAGUACCCCAUGCAGAGCGAGCUGGCCUCCGCCAUCAGCUCGGGCAAGAAGAAGCGGAAACGCUGCGGCAUGUGCCCGCCGUGCCGCCGGCGCAUAAACUGCGAGCAGUGCAGCAGCUGCCGGAACCGCAAGACGGGCCACCAGAUCUGUAAAUUUCGCAAGUGCGAGGAACUUAAAAAGAAGCCGUCCGCUGCACUGGAGAAGGUGAUGUUGCCGACAGGAGCAGCGUUCCGAUGGUUCCAGUAGGACUGUCAUCGAGUGCAGUGGCACAUCUCGCUUUUGACUGUCUCGGGCUUGGACCCCCCCCCCACCCCCCCCAGCUGAAAAACAAACAGAAAAAGCGAAAAUUAUUCAAUAUAAUGGAUGCACCUACUUUUUUCCUGAACCAAAAAUAAACAAUAAGAAGUUUAUGGCAACUUUCAUUCCUUUUUCUAUGUUGCGUUUUGGUACCUUUUGUCCUUUUUCUGCAGUUUUUCCCGUCACUUUGACAUCAGACUCUUCAUUGCCAAAACAGAAACGAGGGACUGUGUGGACAAUCAACUACUUUCUGUGUCUGGUGUUUAUGUCGUUUACGUGUGGAAAGAUAAAGUACUUGUGUAGAGAAUGUAAAUUUGCGGCUCUAUUUUAAAACUAGUGACUAAUGACAAGCACUAUUGUAAUUUAGCACCAUUGUUCUUACUUACGACCUUGUAUUUUGAUUGAUUCUUUUUUUAAUUUUAUUUUUGUUUUGUUAUUGUUUUAUGUCAUAAAUCUAUAGUUUUGAAUUUGCUUAAUGUUUGUUAUUAAACAAGAAAAGUUACAAAAAAAAAACUUUUAAGAUGUAGCACCCCCAUUUUCUGAUUUGGGAAAAUUCUAGCUUGCCGGAUGUUGACAGUGCACUCCAUGCCCAUCCCCCCCCCCCCCCCCCCCCCCCCCACUUCCUCAGGGCCUUAAAAGCCAGCCCUCAUCCUACUGGUAUGGAUGAAUCUGCUCUCCAGAGUCUUUCUUGAAACCUUCUGGUCAACAUUGCGCCCUCUCUCUCUCUCUCUCUCUCCCUCUCUCUCUCUCCCUCUCUCUCUCUCCUGUUUUUCUACUUGUUUGUUGAAUGGGAACUGGAAGCCUCGCCUUGCUGAUUCUCUUCUGAGGGGCGUGGAGUCUCCGGAACCUUACGGGAACAUCUAUCCCGUCUGCACCCGAGCACUGAGAGAAUUUCAUUUUUCCCACAAUGCUAUCAGAUCUACAUCUUUUGGAGGGGAAAAAAACAGUGAUGUUUGUAUUCAUUUAGAGAUUUGGCCUGAUUUUGUGAAUAAAAAUGAAUGCAUGUAUUUGUGUCAAAACCUA